AUGCAGGAAGGAGGCACCGCAGCGGCGGGAUGCAGGAGGCGAGUCUGCGCGUGCUCUGGGAUCGCCAAGGCGCUGGCGGGGCGCCUGAACGACGGUCGGGGGGUCGGCGGCGACGCCGUGGCGCGCCACGGGCUCGUGCGGGGCGCCGACGGCGCGUGGGCGUGCUGCGCGGCCGACGUCGACGCGACGCCGCGAGCCGUGGCGGCGCGCUGGCGCCCGGGCCGCAACGCCGACGUGGACCUCGAGGGCGCGGGCCUGCGCGUCGGGCGGCCGCGCGCCGUCGCCGUGCGCGUCGCGAGCGAGGGCGGCGCCGGCCGCGGGACCGCCUGGCACGUCUGGGACGGCGCCGUCGUCCUGGCGCGCCACCUCCACCACCGCGGCGCCGAGAUCGAGCGGAGCGAGCUCGGCGCGGACGUGGCGGGCGUCCUCGAGCUCGGCAGCGGCACGGGCCUCGUCGGCCUCUCCGCGGCGGCGUGUUUCCCUGCAUGUCGCUGCGUCGCGCUCACCGACCUGCCGGAGGCGCUGCCGGCGCUGCGGCGCAACGCGGCGCUGAACGCCGCGUGGAUCGGGGGCGGCGUGCGGGUCGAGGUCCUGCGGCUGGACUGGCGGGAAGCCGCAGGACGUGGGGGGUGUUUGGAGGCGGGAUGUGUGGGGGGGGGUCUCGAGUGGGACCUCGUCGUGGCCUCGGACUGCGUGUGGCUCCCGGAGCUCGUGGAGCCGUUCGCGGACGCGCUCGCGGCGGCGCUGCGCUCGCGGCGCGCGGUGGCCGUGCUGGCCACGCAGGAGCGCUCGGCGCGCGUGGACGCGGCGCUGUGGGCGGGCCUGCGCACGCGCGGGCUGCGGGUGCGCGACGCGCCGAUGGGGAGCGGGGAGCCGCCGCGUGGCGCGAUCCGCGUGACGUACGUCGACGGCGGCGCGCGGGCAGCAGACGACGUGGGGUUGCAGCGGGGGUGA